AUGGAAAAGAGUUUUAUAGUAGACGAUGAAGAACUCCAAAUGCUGCUUUCUACUGUGAAUGUUGUGGUGCUGAUAGCACAAAAUCCGCAGGCUAUUGUGUAUGCAUCUCAAGUCUGCAUAUUACAGAAUGCUGAAAAGGAAGGAAAUAUUUCGGGCCCCGAAGCAGAAGUGGGCGACACUGUGGAACAAGCAAUCCACGCACUACCUCCUAUGCCGCCAACGGAAUUCCGAUUCAUGUCUGCCUUAGUGCAGCAGCAAAUGGCUGAUGAGAUGCAUCGUCUGAGGGGCAAGUACUGUCGUUGUCCAAUGUGCAAGAAAUUAUUGCAGAGAGAAGAUGAGCUACAGGCGCACAUACUAUACGGUCAUCACAACAUGUACAUCUAUGCAUGUCAUUGCUGUUUCGAAGGUUUCACAUCACUGGAACAGUUGAAGAGUCACUGUUGCCAGGAAUUUGGCCAAUACAUGUUUCAGCUGUUACUUGAUGAAGAAAAGAAAUACCAUAACCUGGACAAGUUGGUGUCCUGUGUUACCUUAUUUGCAUCUCGGCCAUCCGGUGUUAGAUUUGUGACGGUGAGGGGAUGCGCAAUGAAAUCUGGAAUACCGUUACAGUGCAGACUUUGUACGCAUCAAUUCACUUGUGCAGCCGAUAUUGAGAAGCAUCAAAUAACUGAACAUCCAACUGAUGUUACAAAGUUGAAGUGCCCGGUGUGCCCACGCUAUUACGUCACUGAUCUUUUCUACCGAGAGCACCUAUUAUCUCAUUUGGGCGAAAUACAGUCCAUGACGAGCUUAUUGGAGAAAGGCAUCUUCUUGGCUCCUGCGUGUUCAACAGAUACAUGCCCAAGGAUGGGGCCUUUGCUCCAAAGAGUUGCUGGCGGCAUUGUACCACCAUGGAUUGAAAAACCAACAGAU